AUGGCUGAAUUGAUGGGAGAAAACGACCAGGUUCCUGGAAGAGUAAGGGAAGAAUUUUGUUUGCCAUGUACACGAAAGGAUAAAAAGACAGUUGCUACAGCGUUUUGUUAUGAUUGUGACAAUUUUCAGUGUACACAGUGCACGGACGUUCAUAAUGUUUUUGAUGUUAUGAAAGGUCACAAGAUGGAGAAAGCAAGUGAAAUCUCGAUAAAGGCAGUUAAAUUCGAUAUGGAAGGAUUGGACAAGUGUGUAACACACGGAAAUUUGUUCCAGUUUCUUUGUAACGAUCACGAUAAGCUUUGUUGUGGUGCAUGUGCCAUAAUUGAUCACCGGAAGUGUAACAAUGUCAUGGAAAUACAGAAAGUCGCAGUUGUUUCCGAAGAAGCGAGUAUGGAAGUACGAUCACGACUGUUCUGUGCAAAAGAGUUAUGCGAUUCCGCUGUAAUGCAUUGGAACUCGACAGAAAUAUCGUUACGUGACAGUGUAAAAUGUCUACCAGAAAAGAUCAACCAUAUAAGAGCUCAGAUGAAUAAAAAGUUCGAUGACCUUUUGCAAGACGUCGAGGAAGUUAGCGCUACGUUCAUGAAGCUUCAGUUGGACAAAGGAAACGAAAGUCGUUCCAACUGUGACUUUUUUACUAAGAGUUUCCAGACAUCCUUGAAGUUUCUAGAUGAAGUAAGUCUCCAUGGUACAGUUAUACAAAAAUUCGUAGCUGAACACGAAAUAAAGGAACAGGUCAAAAUCGUACAGGAACUAGUCGAGCAAACAUGUAAUCAGCUUGAAACUGCUGAUAUAUCAUUCAGGUUGAAUGAAACCUCGACACUAAAAGGAAUAAUAGAAGGCAUGGAAAGUCUCGGGACGCUAAAUACAGAGAAAAGUAAAGUAACAAUUGAUCAUGUCCGAGGGUAUAGACCUGUAAAGCUAGAACUUAUAACCUUCAUAGAUCUUAAGAAAUCAAAAUGUGAUGAAGGAGAACCUCUUUUAACCGGAAUGGAUUUCCUUCCUGAUGGGAGACUGAUAGCGGUAGAUAACUUUAACGCUACAUUACUGGUUUUCAAUGAUUGUUUGGUGAAAACUUGUUCUUACAAAUUGUCUUAUCAUCCACUGAGUAUUGUUACUGUGUCUGAAGAUACGAUGGUUAUUACAGCGGCGGCAGAUGGGAGCACUAAGAUAGAAUUUCUACAGGUUAGUAAAACUAAUGAAAUAGCUUAUAUGAAAACGGUGAAAGUAAGUGGACAAUACAAUUCAAUAUGUUUAAAGGACGACAAUCAUUUUGUUGUUGGAGCAUUUGGUGACGUCAGAUUAGCACGUAUUCUUUCAGUGUCAGGAGAGAAGAAAGACUUAAGUGUGAAGUUUCAUUCCAAAACUUAUCAUCCUGCGGCAGUAUCCUGCACAUAUAUAAAUGAACGUGAUAAAGUGAUAAUCAGUGACCGAGACGAGAAUAUAGUUUACAUAUAUGACGUCACAACCAACAGUAGAGUCGUCGUCAGGGACAGCAGAAUCCAGGAACCACAAGGUAUAGCGGUUGGUCCAAUGAACUGUGUAUUUGUCUGCUGUAAAUAUCCCAGCUCCGUUGUACAGAUUUCGCCAACCGGUGUGAUCCUGUCAUCACAUAAGUUAAACAUGAAGAAUACGUUUCGGGUUUGUGUUUCGAAAGACAAAACUAAACUUGCCGUAUCGAAUAUCUGCGAAGGAAAGAAGAAGCUGCAGGUUCUUAAGAUAGACUAG